GCCCUGGAUACGAGAGUUUUCCCAGGAUGAAGCCAGUUUGCAUCGAAGUGAUUCUUGUUCAGGAGGAUACCAGGAGAAAGUGUCUUGAUGUCUUUUCGGCAAUGCCCAACAUUGCUUUUUAACGGGGACAGGAUUACACUAAAGGUAUCAACGGUAGCACUUGUUUGAAGUCGUGAUAUGGAAUGUUUGUGCGCAUAGCUGAUUCCCUGCACGCUGUCUGGACUGAGCUUGUACAGCAGAAGAGCUUUAAAGAUGGAUAUGGAAGAAUUUCCUCCCCCGCCUGCUGAAAUUUUGGAUGAAGACGAAGAUGAAGGGGAAGCCUUUGACUUUGAUGACAGUGGCGAUGACAUCCUUGAGGUUGACCGGCCACCCCCUAAGCCCAGCAACAAGGAUCAGAGUUGCAGAGACCUUGUGUGUCAUCCGGCAGAGGGUGUUAGCCCCAGUCUGGCCCCCCACUUACAUUCCAAUUUACCUGACACGCCUCCCUCAGCGGAAUCAUCCGAAUGCCGGUUCUUGACAGCUGUUGAAGCAGCAGAAGAUGUCCCGUCUACUGCUGAGGGGACUGAGGAGAACCAGCUAGAUUUACCAUUGCCUCCUCCACCCGAGGAUGUUCUAGAAAACGAUGCUAAAAGAACAGCGAGUGAACAGCAGGAAGCGUCCAGCGAUGUCCAAAGUCUCCCAAAGAGCUCCUCCAAAGUCAAUCCCUACUCUGUGAUCGACAUCACUCCUAUUGAGCCGCAGCACCACGAGCAGCAGGAUUGCUCCUCUCCUCCACCUGAACCAGUAGAGCCCACGGAACAAGUUGGAGAAUCCCCGGAUACCCGCUGCAGCUCCGGUGGCAUCACCUCAGGCUAUUCCAUACCAGUGCCCUGCGGCUAUGCGACUCCGUCUGGCGUACCGCUCAUCACGCCUGCGUACACCACACCUGUCAUCAUUCGGCACCUCUCUGUGGAUGAGGAUGUCACAGUGAUUCGGACCGGGAACAUUACCGCUGACAGUGUUUUCAGUGAAGAUAUCCCACCUAUUAGAGAGGAGGAUGCUCUGGCAAAGUGGGCAUCGGAUCCUGCAAAUACUUCAUGGAUGGAAAACCCUGAUGAGGUGAUUUACGAUGAUGUUCCGAGGGACAACUCUGACUCCAAUACAGAACCGGAUGAGAUGAUUUAUGACGACGUGGAGCUCGGUGAGGAAGGAGGUGAUCUCGACAAUGGCUGGAGCUCGAGUGAGUUUGAAAGCUACGAUGAGGCGAGCGAUGGGGAAGGGCGCUCUGAGAAUGGCCUGCCAGUUGCCUUCAUGAGGGGGAAGCCCGCCCAGACAAAGACCCAUCUCUCUCAAGAUCUGAGCCGUUUGAAAGAACACUAUGAGAAAAAGAUGAAAGAUCUAAUGGCAAAUACAGUGGGAACUGUCGAGCUGCAGCAGCUCAAACAGAAACACGAGCAGAAGAUGCAAAAGUUGGUGAAAGCAGCUAAAGAAGGGACCAAAGAUGGGCUUGAGAAAACCAAAGCCGCAGUUAAGAAGGGACGUUCUUUCAUCAAAACCAAGUCUUUCUAUAAUGAGAGGAAGUCUACCUGUUUGGAAGAUGAGGAGUCUGAACUUUUCAUUGAGGUGGAUUGUUUUAACAUUGAGCCAAUUUUGGGUCCAGCCCCAGAGGGGCUGUCACAGCAACAACUGGUGAGACGAUGUAUACUGGGCUCUAUAUUGGAGAGUGAGAAGAACUAUCUUGAUGCAUUGAAGAGAAUAUUAGAGCACUAUGAAAAGCCCUUGUCCCAGAUUGAGCCGAGGUUACUGAGCGACAGGAAACUGAAGAUGACCUUCUACAGAGUGCGAGAGAUCCUGCAGUGCCACUUCCUGUUCCAGAUUGCUCUGGCAAGUCGAGUCGCAGAAUGGGACAGUCUGGCGAUGAUCGGUGAUGUCUUCGUAGCCUCGUUCUCAAAGUCGAUGGUGCUGGAUGCCUACAGUGAGUAUGUGAACAACUUCAGUACGGCAAUGUCAGUCGUGAGAAAAACUUGUGCAUCAAAACCUGGCUUCCUGGAAUUCCUAAAGCAUCGUCAAGAGACAAGCACUGACAGGAUGACUUUGUAUGGCUUGAUGAUGAAACCGAUCCAGAGGUUCCCACAGUUCAUUUUGCUUCUCCAGGACAUGCUCAGAAACACACCAGUGGGACAUGCAGACCGCCUGCCCCUGCAGAUGGCCUUAACAGAACUCGAGACCCUGGCUGAGAAGCUCAAUGAAAAGAAGAGAGAAGCCGACCAGCGCUGCGAGAUUCGUCACAUUGCAAAGGCUGUGAAUGAGCGCUACCUCAACAAGCUUCUGAGCAACGGGAGUCGCUACCUGAUCCGUUCAGACGACAUGGUGGAGACAGUCUACAAUGAGCGUGGUGAAGUCAUCAAAACAAAGGAGCGACGCCUUUUCCUACUCAACGAUGUCCUGAUGUGUGCCACGGCCAAUAUCCGGUGCCAGGACGGCAGUAGUAGUGGUGGUGCCCCAAUUGACCAGCGCUACCUUCUAAAGUGGAGUGUUCCUUUGAGCUUUGUAGAAGCGCUGGAGUUUGGGUCCAGUGAGGACAUUCCGGACACCACCCGCUACCCUACCUCCCAUUCUGGGGAGAAAGUGGUCAUCAAUGCAAAGCCAAACAAACUCUACAUGGGCCCAGGUCAACUGUACCAGGAUCUGCAGAACCUGAUCUAUGACCUGAACCUGGUGAACCAGAUCUCCGGCAUGAUCAGCAGCCUCAAAGGCAACUACAAGAAUGUGAACCCCACAGUGGCCCAGGACUGGGUUUCGGGUCUCCAGAGGCUGAUACUGAAAAAGGAAGAAGAGAUUAGGGCAGCUGACCGCUGCAGAAUCCAGCUUCAGCUGCCCGGCAAACAAGACAAGUUGGGUAAAGCCACAUACUUUAGUGCAGUGUUCAAUACUCUCAACCCAGCCAUCAAACAGUCGUGGAUCAAUAACUUGCAAAUGGCUAAACUGGCUCUAGAGGAGGACAACCUUCAGGGCUGGUUGUUUGCAGAAGAUGAUGGAAAUCAACUCAAAAAGCAGAAACACCCCCUCUUGCUCAAACAGAUGCCCGUGGUCAUGUCGAAACUACAAGAGUUCAAGGUGGAGUGUGCAGUCCACAACCCGGAGCCCUACAUCAAUACCGAGAGCACAGCAGACAUUCCCGCCGUGGGCCACGGUUGUGUCUGGGUUGCGAGUUGCACCAACCAGAUGGGCCAGAUAGCCAUUGUUGCCAUGCAGAGCUGCAGCCCAAAGGUUACGGAGUGCUUUAAUGUGGAGUCCCGUAUCCUGUGCAUGGCAUACGUCCCAGCAGAAGAGCCUCAGGAAAAUGAUGAAAGUCAAGUCCAACAAAACAACCAGGUCUUGCUGUCAAAAGCCAGUGUCACACCCACAGUUUGCCUUGGCAUGGAGGAGGGCAGCAUUAUUGUCUAUAAAAGCAGCCAGCGGUCCAAGAAAGUGCGCCUGCAGCAGUUCUUCGCCCCAGAGAAAUCCACCGUCACCAGCUUGGCUUACAUGAAACACUGUUUGUAUGCUGGCCUGGUCAGCGGCUCUGUGGCCAUCUACUCCAGAUCUCAGGAGGGGUUAUGGAUCAGCGAUAAGCCCAAGGUGGUGAAGCUGGGAGUCUUGCCGAUCAAAGCCAUGCUGGCUGUAGAAGAGCGCCUCUGGGCUUCAUCAGGCGGGCAGGUCUUCAUCAUUAGCGCAGAGACACACCUUGUGGAGAGGCAAUUGGAGGCCCAUCAGGAGGAGGGUAUGGUGGUGUCCCAAAUGGUGGUGGCUGGCGUGGGCAUCUGGAUUGCCUUCAGCUCAGGUUCCACCUUGCGCCUCUUUCACACUGAGACCUUUGAACACUUGCAGGACAUCAAUAUUGCAACGCCUGUCAACAAUAUCUUACCUGGGAACCAGAGAGUGUCAGUGAGCAGUUUGCUGGUUUGCCACGGUAUGCUACUGGUCGGAACCAACCUGGGCGUGACUGUCUCUCUCUCCGUCCCCAGACUACAGGGUAUCCCCAAGGUCACAGGUCGGGGUAUGGUAUCCUUGCAUGCUCACAAUGGCCCAGUUAAGUUCCUAACUGUGGCAACAGCAGUGUGUAACCGACCCUCUGGCCUCACAUGCUCCGCCUCCUCAGCGGCAGCCCAGCCAGUCGAGCCAGAGGACGGAGAAGCCGCUCUGCCACCCUCGGACUCUACUUCGACCCCACCUCAGGGCCAAGGAGUAUGGCUGGGAGAGGCAGGCUGCACCACCAUGGCUCUGCAGGACUCACAUUCUUCCUCAUCUUGCAGCUCUUUAUUUCAGUCCCAAGGUUCAUUGGAGCACGGGCCCGAGGACGGGGCCCUUUACGACAUGCUCCAUGAUCCAUCCCACCACCAAAAGGGCCGUCGCAAGAGCAAAGUGGACGUCAGCUCUCUCCUGGUGGUUUCUGGAGGUUUGGGCCACCGCAGGGUGAACAAAAAGACCAAACAGUCACGCCAUGAGGACAACACCUCAACCAUCCUGAUCUGGCAGAUCCCCUUGCUUAACAUGUGACACCCCACCAGUACAUGAGUGAAAGAGACAUGAAUUACCAAUCACACAAUUUUUUGGGGGAAGCAAACCUUUCUAGAUUGUUUUUAUUUUUUAUUUGUAUUUUUUGAGCUGAUUCAGAAUCUCUCCUUGUUUUUUUCUGUACUACAUACUGUAUAUUCAGAGUAACAAUAUUAAUAUUAUAAUAACAAAAAUAUAAUAUGUAAUAUUAAAAUAUAUGUAGUGGUAAUAUGUAUCAAUUAAGGGUUAGGUUCGGCAACAAGGGGAUUUUUUUUUCCGGAAAUGUCAUAGCUAAAAAUGACAAUGCAUGAUAAAAUCCGUGUACACGAACUAAUAUAGGUCAAACUUAAACAUAAAAAAAAUAUGUGCUAGAAAAAAGUAAAUAUGUUUUACUUCGUCAAAAAUGUAUUUCAGUCACAAAAAGCCAUUUCUGAUGUUGACCAAUGUAAUCAUUCAAAUGUCUCUUGACUCAUUUCAGGCACACAUACGCUGGAUAGAGUCUCUACGCCCCUUUUCAAAUGAAAGGAUUUGUGCUAUAAAAGUGUAGGACCAAGAUUAAUCAUACCAAAAACUUGAUACUUGCCCUUUUAAAAUAAACCUAUGAACACAAAUAACACACUUAGUCAAAUAAUGUAAUCAUACCCAAAAGCAUGUACUCGCUAUCAUCAACGAAAAAUUACUAUCUUAGUACACUAUUUUUAUAAAGUACAGGUACUGUAUUUUGGAGUGCUAUAUUUCCUUAGUCUGUUUUAGCACAGGGUGUGCACACUUGUGCAACCACUUGGUCUCAGUUGUUUAUUUUCCCUCUCUAAAAUAUUUACCCACCCCCCCAGUCCCAGUAGGACUCGCUUUUUUAAUUUUUAAUUUUUUUUUUUACGUGACAGAAACCUGGCAUUUGAACAGGGGUGUGGAGACUUUUUAUACCCACUGUAUGUCCCAAAGACAUCUGAUGUUGCCCUUUUACGAAUUAUGACGGAGCAAUGGCAACAUGCAAAAUGGCUUGUUUCAACCAGAAGAGCAAUAUUUGCCUCGACUACAGUAUUCCUGAUUAUAUCUCAUCACGACAUAAAAGAACUCUGUGACCUGCCACUGUUUAUAGUUUGUAUAAAUUGUACAAGACCACAGUUCGUGAAACGGUGUUGAGACUUUCUUUUUUUUCUGCAUGACGCAUGUGAAGUUAAAUUGUGGUUGUUAUAUACUUUUUUUUUUUUUUCGAGGUUAGGAUUAAGUUUAAGGAAAUCUGUCAUGACUUGUUGAGGUGUAAAUCUGGAGUUCACUCAGGAUUGUCUGUAAGUGUUUUUUGAGGGAGAUCAGACAAAGGUUCUUUGAGUUGGAUCAAAUAUCAUUUCAUGGAAGUGGCCCAGUGUUUCCCCCACUCGUGCGUUUACAAAGAUAAUGGAUAAAAAGUUGAAGUAACGUUGACUGAUGAGCUUUGGAAAGACUAGGAUGUCUGGCUGGCCAGUGUUCUCUACAAAUGGAAGAUUUUUGUUGUUGUUGUUCUUGACAUGGAAAGGUUUUUUUUUCUCCAGAUUGACUGCUCGUUGUUUCUCAGUUAAGAAUAUUUAAAAGAUUGUAAAACAUACUUUUCUCGUUGUUGUAUACAUGUAUAUGUAUGGUGCUGUAUUUCUGCUAUGUCCUUAAUAUAUAAACCUUGAUUUAUUGACAUA